AUGAAAAAAAACUCACAUUUUGAGGUCCAAAACUUCUCCUUGAAGACUUUGAUAUCCAUGGAUGAGUCUCUUCUAUAUGAAACAAACCAACAACCAAGAGAGAUCACCACAAAACAACCACCACUUGAGGAUCCCUUACACGAUCGGAGCUUCCUAAACGAUCCCGAAAUAGCUCCUCUUUUUGAGCUUUCCAACUUCAACAAAAGACCAAGUCUCACAAGCCGUCGGUUGCCCUCUGCUCCAUCGAUUUUCAUUGGAAAUUUCGGGGAACUACACCGACACCACGCAGCCACCCAAAUCCACAAUUCAUUCCCUAACUCAAACUUUUGCACAUACCAUUGUGCUACUCUUGUUCUUCUUCUCAUGGCCAUCAUUGGAAUGGCCACUGUUUUCUUAACCACCACAGGUUUCAAGGGACAUUUCACUAUCAAACCAGUGGAUGCAAUGUACUACAUUGUUGUUACUCUUUGCACAAUUGGCUAUGGUGACAUUGUCCCGAACACUGUAUUGACAAAGCUCUUCACCUGUUUCUUCAUCUUGAUUGGUUUCGGGUUUGUAGACUAUGCAUUCAACUCUUGGGUCUCCCACAUUUUCGAUUCCCAACAUGCUCUUCUCUUGGGGUUCAUGGAAAAAACCCAAUUCAAGAAAUUGGCUGAAAAGGCACCCAACAAAGAGAAAUGGUUCAAGAAACUCAUCAAGACAUACAUUAUGGAUAUUGAAAAGAGGAGAAUGAGGAUUAGAACAAGGGUUUGCUUUGCUCUGUUAGCUGUUGCCUUGUGUAUAGCUAUUGGGAUAUUUGGGCUUCAUUACAUAGAGAAACUCAGUUGGAUUGAUAGCUUUUAUGUGUCUGUUACUUCUGUUACUACAGUUGGUUAUGGAGACUUCUCAUUUACAACAUUUCAAGGCAGAAUUUUUGCCAUUGUUUGGCUCUCCAUCAGCACAUUAGCAGUUGGUCAGUCUUUUCUCUUCUUAGCCGAAUUAAGAAUCGACAAGAGGCAUCGCGAGACUGCAAAAAUUAUUCUUCAUAAGAAGAUUAAAGCUGUGGAUUUAGCUGCAGCAGACUUAGAUUAUGAUGGAGCCAUUAGUAAAUCUGAGUACAUCAUAUUCAAGCUUAGAGAGAUGGGAAAGAUAGCAGAGACUGAUAUUACUCAGAUAUGCAAAGAAUUUGAUUCGUUACAACAUGGCAACAGAGGAAAAAUCACUCUUGCUGAUAUAGUGUAAAUGCCAAAAGGUCCAUUCUAUUCAACAUUGUCAAUUUUUGUUUAUAAAUAGCAAUACAAACAAUUCCUCUUAGUGCCUAUAAUAUAUUUGCUACACCAAAGGUAAACUUUAAAGAAUAUUGUAGAUGGAAUGAAGAGUAAAAAAGCAUUCAUGAGCAAUAACAAUUUAAAGUAUUGAAAGUGUA